AUGGCCUACACAUCUACGUUCUUAGUGUCAAACAUCCACUGCCCAUCGUGCGUGUCAUAUGUUCAAGAUACUCUCCAUGGAAUCCCCGGAAUCCAGUCCAUCCAAACCUCGCUCAUUGACCAAGUCAUUCGUGUCAAACAUGCACAGGACUCGACCCGAGAAGUCAUUGUCAGUGAGCUAAUCAAGGCAGCUUUCGAAGUCCAGCAUGUCACAACCAUCCGACCCGACGGUGUUCAGUCUCACGACUCCGAUGUGUCACCAAGUCCCAUCAACGGCCGGCUCUCGCGGUACCGCUGGCUCAUGUCUCGUGCUCAACGCAAGCACAUUGAGAAUUGCAAGGCAUGUCAACGUGAGAAAGGACAAACAUCAAGACCAAGAUUGACAUGGGCUUCUGUUACACGGCUGCGCCGACAAGCCCUUCCAAGGAAGACCCCAACCGACGAGGAGGCCGCAGUUUCAGGUGACACACUGGCUGAAGACAAGCUGUCGAACAAACAUGUCGACAGCGCAGGAGAAGAAACUGUACCUUCCGACUAUGUUGCGACCGUGUCGAUUGGCGGUAUGACUUGCGCGUCUUGCACAAGUACAAUCACCAAAGGGCUUGAGAGUUUGGAUUUUGUGGAUUCGGCAAAUGUCAAUCUGAUGACGGACAACGCAAGGGUGAUGUACCAUGGUCCCAAAGGCAACUCGGAAAAACUCAUUGAAACGAUCGAAGACUUGGGCUAUGAAGCUGUAAUUGACGACAUACGUCCGUCAGUGCAAGAAAAGCCGCCGUCAGAAGGUAGUGAUGAGGAUCAUAAAGUCACGCUCAGUAUUGAGGGAAUGACCUGCGGAAGUUGUGUAGGAACGAUCACCAGAGGACUCAAGGAGCUACCCUUCAUCCAAGAUGUCAAUAUUGACCUUGUCGGGAAUCGCGGCGAUAUCACCUUCAGCGGAAAGCAGCAUCUCGAAGCAAUACUGGAGAAAAUUGACGAUCUGGGUUAUGAUGCGACCGUUGUUAAACUGGAGGGUACCGCCAAAUCCACCCAGGCCCCCAAAGAAGAAAGAACAGUGCAACUCAGGAUCGACGGCAUGUACUGUGAGCAUUGUCCCGAGAAUAUUAGAACUGCCAUCCAAUCUGCAUUGUCAACUGCCAGCGGAUCGAUGUACACCAUUACUCAACUGCCCACUUUAAAGGAUCCCGUCAUUACCGUUACCUACCGGUCCUCACCUCAACUCAACAUACGUAGCUUCAUCGCCGCAAUCGAUGCUUCACAUGAGGCUCUAAAGGCGAGCGUGUAUCACCCGCCAACGCUGGAAGAGCGAUCACGACGACUACAGCGGAAAGAGAUGAAAUACAUUCUUUGGCGGCUGCUGUUCAGUGGCAUAGUCGCUAUUCCCACAUUGAUCAUUGGGGUGGUGUACAUGAGCUUGGUUCCCGAAUCCAAUCCAACGAGGCGAUGGUGGGAACAGCCCAUCCUAGCUGGACAAGCCAUGCGCAUAGAGUGGGCCCUUUUCUUCAUGACCACACCGGUCAUGUUUUUCGGCACAGAUCUCUUCCAUGUCCGCGCGUUCAAGGAGAUCAAAGCAAUGUGGAGGCCAAACAGCAAAAUACCCAUUCUGCGUCGGUUUUACCGCUUUGGCAGCAUGAAUCUGUUGAUUAGUGCUGGUGCUUCGGUGGCCUAUUUCUCGUCGUUGGCUGUCCUGAUUAUGGAUGCUACGACCAAAUCGCCGGAUACGAGGCAUCAUCAUUCAUCGGAUACCUAUUUCGACACCGUGACAUUCCUUACCUUCUUCAUCCUGAUCGGUCGCUUCUUGGAAGCCUACAGCAAGACCAAGACCGGUGAUGCUGUUGCAAUGCUCAGCAACCUCAGGCCUUCAACUGCACUCCUUGUCAUGGAUGACGCGAACGGCAAAGCGUCCAGUAGUACCGAAACCAUUCCCGUCGAUCAGCUGGAAACAGGAGAUCUCGUUCAGAUCCCUCACGGGACGUCUCCCCCAACCGAUGGCAUCAUUGAUAAUCAAGGCACAUUUCUGUUUGAUGAGAGCUCCCUCACUGGAGAAUCGAAGCCGGUCACCAAGACUUAUGGCGACGAAGUUUUUACAGGAUCUGUGAACGUGUCCGACCCUGUACGGAUCAGAGUGACUGGCGUUGGGGGAACAUCCAUGCUGGACCGCAUUGUCAACGUCGUUCGUGAAGGCCAGGCGAAAAGAGCCCCCAUUGAACGUAUUGCAGACAUUCUCACAGGAUAUUUCGUCCCAGUGAUCACACUCAUUGCCAUCAUAACUUGGGUAAUCUGGAUGGGUCUGGGCUUGUCCGGAGCUCUCCCUCAGGCAUGGCUUGACGUGAGCCGAGGAGGGUGGCCUUUCUGGUCUCUUGAAUUUGCCAUCGCCGUCUUCGUGGUCGCCUGCCCAUGCGGCAUUGGUCUUGCUGCGCCUACUGCACUCUUUGUUGGUGGCGGGUUGGCCGCGAAACAUGGCGUCCUUGUCCAAGGAGGUGGCGAAGCAUUCCAGGAGGCGUCGAAAUUGAACGCUAUUGUCUUUGACAAGACAGGCACAUUGACUGAGGGUCAAAUGCGAGUCACCGACUUUGAAGUGAUCAGCAGCCACGGCCGUGAUGCGGCACUUGAUGAUAGCGUCAUCCUGGCAUCGUCUCGCAUGUUGGAAGAGUCAAGUACGCAUCCAAUCGCAAAGGCCAUUGCAAGCUAUUGUGCGGAGAACUCGACAAGUGUUUCCAUUGAGCAGGAGGAGAUCAAAGAGGUGCCCGGGCAGGGAAUGACGGGUAGAUUUCUGGUGAGAGGCAAUUCCUCUACGUCGCGAUACGAGAUUGCUCUUGGAAACGAGAGACUUUUACAGAGCAUUUGUGCUCCCGAAAGUGCGGAGUCUGGUUUGCCGACGAAGAAGGAUGAGGCGAGUGUGACAAUCAAAGGGGAGGACUACUAUCUCACUCCAAUACUCGGGAAGCACCAAUCCCUGGGUCAUUCCACCGCCAUCUUUGCCUUCCGGGAGGUACCUGAAGACGCUGAGAAAGCCAAGUCACCGUCGUCUUACCGAGCUUUGGCUGUCUUUGCCAUUGCAGACCCGAUCCGUUCUGAGGCCCCUCAAGUCCUUCAGUCAAUACGCAGCGCAGGACUCGACAUUCACAUGUGCACGGGAGACAAUCGGACUACAGCCCUGGCUAUCGCUUCCCAGCUUGGAAUUCCAGCUAGCAAUGUGCGUGCAGGUGUUCUUCCACAGGAUAAAGCCAGCUACAUCCGCGAACUGCAAGGGAUAUCCUCGGGCGAGCCCUCAGGGCCCAAGGGCAGGCGCAAGAUCAUUGCGUUCGUGGGAGACGGCACGAAUGAUACUCCUGCUCUGUCCGCGGCGGAUGUCUCAAUUGCGCUCUCUUCCGGCUCGGACGUGGCAAUAACCACCGCAUCGUUCAUCCUGCUCAAUUCCGACCUCAACACUAUCCUCGCGCUUGUCAAACUUGCUAAGCGGGUGUUUUUACGGGUCAAGUUGAACUUUGGCUGGGCAGCGGUGUACAAUCUGUGCUUGGUUCCCGUCGCGGCAGGGGUGUUUUUUGCUAUCGGAGCGAACGACCACCACGCUGGGUGGAGAUUUAGCCCGGUCUGGGCGAGUAUAGCAAUGGCGGCGAGCAGUGUCAGUGUUGUGACGAGCAGUUUGGCGCUGAGGUUGCCGGAGGUGGAAAUCAGCAAGUGGAGGUGGAGGAAGUGA